UGAUGAGGUCCCGGCGGGCGUGGGAAAGAGGUGACACCCGUGGUCGCCAUGACUACCGAGCUUGUGGCAGUAGAGCCGGGGGUGCCUUCGCUCGUGGAUCGUUGCUUCACUCGCUGGUACAAGGCUGAUGUCAAAGGAAAACCCUGUGAAGACCACUGUAUACUACAGCACUCUAACCGAAUAUGUGUCAUCACUUUGGCAGGAUCUCAUCCAGUUCUUCAAAGUGGAAAAACAAUUAAAAGCAUUUCCUAUCAAAUCAGUACCAACUGUAGCAGACUUCAGAACAAGGUCUCUGGGAAAUUUAAGCGGGGGGCACAGUUUCUAACAGAACUUGCACCUCUGUGUAAGAUUUACUGCUCAGAUGGAGAAGAAUACACCAUAUCUAGCUGUGUUAGAGGACGGUUGAUGGAAGUGAAUGAAAACAUUCUCCAUAAGCCAUCUAUUCUUCAAGAGAAGCCGUCCACUGAAGGCUACAUUGCAGUUGUGUUGCCCAAAUUUAAAGAAAGUAAGAGCAUAACAGAAGGGUUACUGACACAAAAACAGUAUGAAGAAGUCAUGGUGAAACGCAUUAAUGCCACAACAGCUACAUCAUGAAGAUGGAAGUGGAGUAAAAGCAACACAGCGGUCUUAUCCUUAUCAGGCCCAACUGAUCAGUGCCCUAAAGAAGAACCAGCAUAUGUGAGCCUCUGUAGAGAGACCUGAUCUUAAAACUUAACCUAGUUUUCCCUCUGUCUUGUAUAACAAGCCUCGGUUCCCAUUUUGUCUUCAGCCUCCCAGGUCUGCCUUGCACACAUACUCUGUUCUUUUUCUUUCUCUUUCUGACAACUGGCAAGGAAGGGAUGUUUUUUCUGAUUAAAAACAAACAAAACUUUGAGGAAAAUUUGGAAAGAAAAGUUUUAAGUAGCAAAGUGAAAAUAAUUUCCCCAUGAUCCUGUAACCUAUUAGCAGUACUACAUUUUCACAUACCUCUGUGUGAAUGGUAAGGCAUGGUUAUUGUUUUUGUCCCAAUUUUCCAUCAUCUGAAGUUAAGCCAAAAAAAAAAAACCUGGCCUUCCCAAUCUGGCUUCAAUGUGACAGUACCAAAAACUGUAAUCCCACCCCUCCUGUGUCAGCUCCUCUUGCUCCUGAGCUGUAGGGGAGAAGCAGAGUGUACUUUCUCUGCUCCUUAGGCCACUGGGAUGGUCUUCCUCUCUGAAACGGAGUAGAACUGUAACUUGCUUCUUAAAUGAGAGAUGCAUUAAAAGGCUUUGAGAAAAACAAAGGGCUCUCCUAACACAUGGAAGUAUUAUAAUGCAGUGUUACUGGUAAUUGCAAUAAUAGUUACAGGGUAACCAGCAAAAAGUUUCUCAGAAGUUACUAUAAUUCAUAGAUAACAGAUGUCUUUCAAUAGACAAAAGCUUUCUCAUUUAAAAAUAAAAAAUGUGAAUGUAUGGU